UGUUGUGCAGUUUUCUUCGCCACUAGAAAAAUGCAAACAAUGUUGAGAUAAAGCAGUUGCUUUUGGGUGCUAAGCAAUGGCCACAUUUUUGCAAAUCCCUUGUCAGUGCCUCAGUCACAAACCUCUCUCUUCCUCUACUCCUCUCCAAAAUGGUAGAAUCAGCAGAUUAUGCAGCUCAAUUUCAAGGCCCAGCUCUGGUUACAGCAGGCUGAGGAUUAGAGCUGUGAAGGAGAAAACAGAGGGGAUGAAGAGUCCCACUUCUGCGGAAGAAAUCACCAAGAAGUAUGGCCUUGAAGCUGGGCUUUGGAAGAUAUUUUCCUCGACAGAAGAAGACAACGAAACCAAAGAUAAGUCGUCGAAGGGAGACCAAGCAAAGGAACUCCUGGCAAAAUACGGAGGAGCUUAUUUAGCCACAUCGAUCACUCUCUCCUUGAUAUCGUUUGGGCUAUGCUAUGCUCUUAUCAGUGCCGGAGUAGAUGUACCAGCAUUGCUGCAAAAGGUUGGAAUUUCUAGUAAUGAAACAGGGGAAAAGGUAGGGACUUUUGCAUUGGCGUAUGCUGCCCACAAAGCUGCUUCUCCAAUUAGGUUUCCACCUACGGUAGCUCUUACUCCCAUUGUUGCUAGUUGGAUCGGAAAGAAAGUCGAUAAAGAGAAAUGAUUCACGUUUGUGGAACCAGUUCUCCACUGUAUAAUGUCGCAAUUUUGUUGCAAAAAAGCAGUAUGUAUGUAUUCUCAACUUCAGGAUAGGUAUUAUUGCGUGGUACUUUUGGUUAAGAGCUGUGGUGCAGAUUGUAUCUAUAGGGUCACAGUUGGAGAAA